UUGCUAACCACCUAUAAAUAAUAUAAGGAAGAAGGAGCAGAAGCUCAACGUCGCCAUGGCAAGCAGGAAAACGUCGCGGCCAAACCGAGACAGCGGGGACAAAUACUCAGUACUAUUACCCACCUACAACGAAAGAGAAAAUCUGCCUUUAAUAGUGUGGCUGCUUGUCAAGUAUUUCGGGGAAAGUGGUUUUAACUACGAGAUAAUUGUUAUUGAUGACGGAAGCCCAGAUGGAACACUGGAGGUGGCAGAGCAGCUUCAGAAAGUCUAUGGGGAGGACAAGAUCCUGCUACGACCAAGAGCGAAAAAAUUAGGCUUAGGCACUGCCUAUAUCCACGGCAUGAAGCAUGCUUCUGGGAACUUCAUCAUCAUAAUGGAUGCAGAUCUUUCCCAUCAUCCCAAGUUUAUCCCAGAAUUUAUUCAGAAGCAGAAGGAAGGCGAUUACGACUUGGUUUCUGGUACUCGAUACCGAGGGAACGGAGGGGUUUACGGCUGGGACCUUCGCAGGAAACUCAUCAGUCGGGGGGCCAACUUUUUGGCUCAGGUGUUGUUGAGACCUGGUGCUUCAGAUCUCACAGGCAGCUUCAGACUAUACAAGAAAAAGGUGCUGGAGAGUCUUGUUGAGCAGUGUGUGUCCAAAGGCUACGUCUUUCAGAUGGAAAUGAUCGUCCGAGCCAGACAACUCAACUACACAAUCGGAGAGGUACCCAUUUCCUUUGUGGACCGGGUUUAUGGAGAGUCCAAACUGGGAGGGAAUGAGAUUGUAUCGUACGCCAAGGGACUGCUCAUGCUUUUUGCCACAACAUGAUCAGUGAUUUACUCAGUUUGUAAAACCCACAGGCCUAUAGUCUUCCUCUUACUGUGUUUAAUACGGUUCUAUCAGAAUUGUAAUGAGGAGGGGAAAAAAACUCCACUUGCCUGUGGUCAGACAGCAGCACGACAGCAAAUACCAAGGGAGACAUCUCUCCCUGUUAGGUGUAAAUAUAAAAGAAGUCCCUGUCAGUAGACCUUCAAGAAUACAAAAGAAACAUAGUGCUUUACAUUCCCAUCAUCCUCUUUAAUCAGUUUCUGGCAAAGCGUCUCGUCAUUCCCGGCCCAGACAGCUGACUGAACUCUGCAUUAACAAGCUGUCACAUGACUUAAAGUGCACACUGAAGUGCUCCACCUAUGAUUGAUUGUAUAGGAUUAAACUGUUUUUUAUCACUGGCCUUGAGAUUUUUUUUCCCUUGGGGAUGCAGGCAGCUUCUCUUACUGAUUUUCUUUAAGGAGUUUAAAGCCUGAAUUAAACAUGAUUAGUUAUUGAUAUUUUGGACUCAGAACGUUGACCUCCAAGGUCUUUCAGUAAAUUGGCUUUUUCCUGAUGAUUGUUGUAGUAGUGACUCCAUACAGCCCUUAUGGAAGUUUAACUCUGUCAUUCUCAACAAAUAAAUAUUUUUCUUCCCGUUU